AUCGGCUCAGUCAUGUGAUCAGCUGUCUCCAAUCACAUCUGAUCACUGAUGAUCAGUGUGCCCUGAUGAUCAGUGUAGCCCCAGCAGUGCCACCUGUCAAUGUCCAUCAGUGCCACCUGCCAGUGCCCAUCAGUGCCACCUGCCAGUGCCACCUGCCAGUGCCCAUCUGAGCUGCCUUUCAGUGCCACCUAUCAGUACUGCCAAUCAGUGCCACCUAUCAGUCCCAUAUAUCAGUGCUGCCUGUCAAUGCCCAUCAGUGCCACCUACCAGUGCCUCCUCAUCAGUGCCACCUAUCAGUGCAGCCUAUCAGUG